AUGGCUUCAUUAAAUAUUGCUGGCGUUCCUACACCUCCAAGUAAUACUUCAGGUUUCAAUCGUAGUCGUCGUUCGUCAUGGUCUGAUUCUAAAAAUGUUUGGAAUGUUGGUGAUGAGGCAGAAUACUAUUCCGAUUCACAUACAUUAAUAUUGAAAAAACUAGAUAUUUAUUAUCGUAAAGUAAAACGCCAAAUUCUAGCUUUUCAAAGUUUAACAACUGGUCUUUUUCCUACUCAUCUUGAUACCGAUAAAAAAGUCGCACAUGUUGUGGAAAAUAUCUUUUGUGCUAUUGCCGUAUGGUCAUUACGACGAUGCUAUUGUAAAAUUGAUAAUGAUCAAGGACGAACACAUGAAUUAGGUCAAGCAGCUGUUAAAUGCAUGCGUGGAAAACGUAUCUUCAAAAAUAAUCAAGCUCAAGUUGAUGAAUAUCUGAAUGUAUUAAAUCCUCUUUUACGUCGAACAGUGGAAGUACGUGGUCGUAUGAGUUCAACUUCAGCUAAUACAGAAUGCGAGCCAUUGAAACCACCGAACAAAAAAGCUGCAUUAAUCACGCCAUGUUUGAAUGCCAUCCUUGUCAAAGGUGAAAUUAUGGUUCAUUAUUAUUAUAUUGAUCAUUCACAACAACAAAGUAGUGGAAACAGUGAAUCCAGUGAACGUAGUAAUAAUCAACAAUCACAAUUCGUAUCGAGUGGAGAAGUUUUAGAUGGAAAUGUUUUUCUUUUUGGUCAAGCUGUUUGGAUUAUAUGUCAAUUACUUGUUGAUAAACUUUUAACUGUUAGCGAUCUCAAUCCUAUACGGCGUUAUCUACCACCAUGUGACCGGCCAAAACUAAACUCAAGAUAUUCAUCUAUACAAGAUGCAUCACGUUAUCAAUAUUCACCUAGUAUACCUAAAUUAAUAACAACUCAAUCAUAUGAUACAAAAAAAGCAAUAACCAGAACAAUACUAUCAAAUGUUACUUUUUCUGACUUAGUCAUUCAUGUUGUUGCUAUAUCGGAAUCGGUUCGUUUGCAACAAGUAUUAGCAACCUAUGGGAUUCAAACUCAAAUACCAAAACAAAUCGAACCAAUUUUAAUAUGGCCACCAGCAGAAUUAGUUAAAACAUACGCACAUUUAGGCAUGAAUGAAAAGUUUGGUUUUAGUGGACGUCCUAAACGACCUAUUGGUGUACUUGGCACAUGUAAAGUUUAUCGGAUAGCUUCAAAAACUGUUUUAUGUUAUCCAUUAACAUUUGAAACAACAGAUUUUUAUAUGUCAAGUGAUAUGACUUUAUUGUUGGAUGAUAUUCGAAGUGAUUUGGAAUUUAUUAGAAAAUGUUGGCGUCUUAAAGGUCGACCAAUUUAUUUAAUCAUGUUACGUGAAGGACCACAAAAAUCAGAUGUCUUAGAAUUAUUGACUCAAAUUCGCCAAGGAAAACUUUCAUCAACCAUAUGUGUACGGCUCGAACGUUUACAAACAGCAAUAUCAAGUGCUUGCAUAGCGCAUCUUGAUUUUUUAAAUAACUCUUUAUGUUCACCUGUUGAAUGGGAAGCCGUUGCUGUAACUGAACAUAAAAGUGGACAUGAUAGUGGCCAAUAUAAAUCUUUAACAGACGUAACAAAAUCAGUUAUUCUCAGUGAUGAUAUUGAUUAUAAUAAUCAUAAAUUUAAAGAUCAACAUGAAAUAGAACUACGCGCUUUUAUUUGUAACACAGAUGUCGGAACAGGUUCAUUAAAGAAACACACAUUAGCUACAUAUGAAUUAUAUCGACGCGGUGGAAUUGAUUUGAUGAUAAGAGAGAAUUAUCGUGUUAGAAAUCAUCUUGAAUCUUUAAUGAAAGAAGCAACAACAUGUCAAAAUUGGGCUGUUAUUCGUUUUGCAUCUAGUCUUUUACAUAAAAUGGUUGAUAGUUUGGCACCAUCAGUUACCAAUUUACUCGUACGGGGAAAAAUUGUCACUAUUGGAGUUUUUGGUCAAGAAGAAACAGUAAUUGAUAAACCGAUGCGUCCAAAAGAAAUUUUUAAUAUAAUUUAUAGCGAUAAAAUAUUUGGUCACAGUAUUUUUUAUGCAGUACUUCUACAAGAAUUACUUCUUAAUACAUCAGUAUUUAUGAAUACAUUUCCACAACUUUUUAAUGGCAUUCUUAAAAUAAGACUGGGAUGGAUACUUGAAGCAAUGAAACUUGAAUUAGAAUCUUCAAGAACUGAUAAUGAAGAGAUUGGGACACUAAAUACAAUAUCACCCAAUGAAAUCAAACAAUUACUCUAUUAUGUUUUUACAACUAAUUUACAACAAUCAACAUUACAAGGUGGUGAUAUACAACAAAGAUCAUCAUUUCAAAAACGACAAAUGGAUGGAGCUUUAUCAUGA